AUGAUUUCCAACAUCAAAAGAAAGAUUGCCUCGUCCUCGGGUUCAUCCUCAUUAUCAUGGCGAGAAAGAGAACAAAAUACUUCAUCAAGUAGCAACAAGCGUCAUCAAUCUUCCUCUCGAACGCCCCAAUCCCAGCGGCAAUACCAGCAAUGCGACUCGGAGCAAAAUAGUUAUUGUCCCCGUCAUCGCAACUCCUCCGCGACAAAUUGGUCCAUCAUAUCUACACUUCUUAACGAAGUAACUUCCUAUCAACAUCCGCCCAGAAGCCAAGAAACAAACAACCACCCGCAUCCAGAUUCCUAUGAAGCCUUUAUGCAAAAUGCAUUGGAAGAGGAUCAAAGACGGGAAAGACACAAGCGAGCUGUGCGCAAAGCAAACGAUGCGUGGCAGCAAGGAUUCCGAAGAUCAGACGCUGCUGGAACGAGAAGUUGGUUGCAGAAUUGUGGGUUAGCCAAGUAG